AUGGGGGGCUUCUCUAAAAGCAACCGCCUCAUGCUCGGCGUGAUGUUGACAGCCAUCUUCAAUGGAUGCACAAUGGGUUUCGAUCAAGCCAUGAUGGGUUCUGUCAAUGCGCUUGACCAGUAUACAGAGUAUUUCUCCCUCAGCUCUGACAUGAUCGGCCUCAACGUUGCAAUCAUCAAUGCUGGAUCCAUCAUCGGCGGGCUGUUUGCCGGCCAAUUCUCAGACGCCAAAGGGAGAAAAUGGGGCAUCGCGCUGUCCGCCAUGUUCACUGCCCUUGGCGUUGCCAUCCAAGCUUCGGCGGUCCACCAGGCCAUGUUCUGCGUUGGACGCUUCCUUCUCGGCGUUGCCAUCACUGUCAAUGCUACCGCAGCGCCUAUCUGGGUCAUGGAGAUGGCUCAUCCCAAGCAUAAAGGUUGGAUGGGAGGGCUGUACAUGGCCUCGUGGUAUCUCGCAGCUACCGUGGCAUCAGGCCUCAGCCUCAGGACUUCUGAGAUUCCCAACACAUGGGCCUGGAGAACCUUGUCUCUGGCGCAAGCCGUCCCGUCUCUCCUAGCUAUUAGUAUCCUGCCGUUUAUGCCAGAAUCGCCGCGGUGGCUGGUGUAUCAUGGCAAAUACGACGAGGCCUAUCAGGUGCUCAAGGACGUCCACAGUAACGGCAGCGACUCUGAACUCAUUGCGGCCGAGUUCAAGGAGAUCCAUGACACGAUCAAUUUUGAGAAGGAGAACAACGGCACAUGGAGAGCUCUCAUCGCGCCGAAGUCUAACGCUAGGCGGUUCAUCCUGGUGGUCCUGGUAAACAUUUUUGCCCAGAUUGUCGGAGCCAACACCGUCUCGCUCUUUAUCAGUGAAGUGCUUGAUGUCGCGGGCGUUACCGAGACUCGUACACAACUCACCAUCAACCUUGGUAUGAAUGUGUGGAACCUCGCAUGUGCUGUGGUGGGUUCGUUCCUCGCAGAUGCCGUCGGUCGUAAGGCGAUGCUCCUAUGGGCGACUGUUAGUAUGACGCUCUUCUUGAGUCUCAUGGCGGUGCUCUCCGCCGUGUUCGGUCCCGAAUCCAACAACCAGUCAGGCAAGAUCGCCAAUGUGGCAAUCGCAUUCCUCCUGCUGGGCUCCUAUAGCAUCGCUUGGACGCCACUAACCUAUACGUAUCCCGUCGAGGUGCUCAAUUACUCUCAACGUGCUAAGGGAGUUGCGCUUGGCCACUCUAUCUGCUUCGUUAUCGGAUUCAUCAACCAGUACACCACGCCAAUUGCCAUUUCGGAAAUCAGCUGGAAAUACUACAUAAUCAACGCCUGUUGGAACGUGGUCGUCAUCGGGCUCAUUUGGUCGCUGUUUGUCGAGACGAAGGGCAUGACUUUGGAGGAAGUUGACGAGAUUUUUGACGGAGUGGUUCACACCGAGGGUGUUCGUAUUGGGACUGGUGACCAUCUGGAUAAAACUACCUCCCCCAAGGGCACAGACGACAAGAAGAUCCCUCUCUAG